AUGAAGAACAACAAUUUUUUCUACUUGGUCAAUAUAUACUCCUCUUGUGUAUUGAUUAAGAAAAUAAUUCUUUGGAGGAGGCUGUUGGAAUUAAAAGAGACGUUCAAUGAUGGGGAGUGGAUCAUAGGAGGAGACUUUAACGCUAUUAAGGAUUGUAAUGAAAGAAAGGGGAGGAUGGUUUCAAAUAGUUCUAAUGAGAUGGAAGAAUUUGCGGAUUUUAUUUCGGAAAGCUUGUUGGUGGAUAUUCCUUGCAAAGGAAAAAAGUUCACAUGGUUUAGUGCAGGAGGUGGCUCGAGGAGUAGAAUUGAUAGAUUCUUGGUGUCGGAUAAAGUGGUAAAUGAUUGGGGAAUAGUGGGCCAAUUUGUGGGAGAGAGAGAUUUAUCCGACCAUUGUCCUAUAUGGUUGGAAUGUGAUAAUAAUAAUUGGGGCCCAAAAUCGUUUAAAUUUAACAAUGAAUGGUUCUCUUUUGAUUCAUUUAUCCCUUUUGUGAAAAAGGAAUGGGAAGGAUUAAAGGUGGAAGGAAGAGGGGACUUCGUUUUAAAGGAAAAACUUAGACUUCUCAAAGGAAAACUUAUUUGGUGGAACAAGAAAGUGUUUGGGAAAAUAGAUUUGGAGGUAGAGGAAGGUGUUAGGGAUAUUAAUUAUGGGGAUGUGUUGUUGGGAGAGGCGGAAGAAUAUAUUCAACUCGAAAUUCUAAAAAAUAGAAAGGAGGCUACCGGUAGAUUUCAGACCAAGUUGAGAAUUAAAGAGAACAUGUUUUUACAAAAAUCAAGAUUGAAGCGGCUUAAUGAAGGAGACUCUAAUAGUGGUUUCUUCCAUAAAGUUAUGAGGGAUAAGAGGAGACAUAAUCAUAUCGGGACGAUUAAUACUUCGGGAGGGGUUUUAUCAACGGUGAAGGAUAUUAAAGAAGAAGUGGUUCGUCAUUUCUCUAGCAAAUUCGGAGAGAUGGAGGGACAUUCACCGAAUUUAGACGGGAUCCCGUUCAAUAGUAUAAGUGGGGAGGAUAAAAGUUGGCUUGAAAGGCCUUUUUAA